UCCUUCGAGGCGAAGUCGCUUUGUAAAUCCAUAGGCUCUUUUUAUAUAUUAAAGUCGCUCCGACUUUCAGAGAAAGGAAGAAGAAUUCUCUAUCAAUCUAACUCAUUUCCAUUAAUCCAUUGACUAGUUCUCUGCAAUGGCAAAAGAAACUGUCUUUGAUUUUGAUUUGGUUGAUGAUUUCUACUUAUCUGCUCUCUUCGACGAUGAAGAAAACGGUCCGAUGGAAGCUUUUCCAGUGUCCGAUGCCAAAUACGCCGAGGAAUUACAACUCCAGGAGGCAUUAAUGGGGGCGGUGAUAAUUUCUCAGAUGGAAAAUAAAAUUUCAUCAUCAAUUCCGAUGAUUGAACUAUCUCCAGAGCCAAAUCCUAAAGAAACCGGCGAAUCUUCGCUCUGUUUUUGCGAAAUUUGUGUAGAAAGAAAAGAAAUCGACCAAAUGUUCAAAAUCGAUAGCUGUGUUCACUCUUUUUGCUCCGAUUGUAUAAGCAAACAUGUGGCUACAAAAAUUCAAGAUAGUGCUUGUACUAUUAUUACUUGUCCAGGAAUGAAUUGCCCAGCAAUUCUCGAACUUGACAUUUGCAGAUCUCAGCUUUCCAAGGGAGUAAUUGAUAUCUGGGAGGAAAUCCUAUGCGAGGAGAUGAUAAGCGAAUCUGAGAAGUUUUAUUGUCCUUUUAAGGAUUGUUCUGCACUUUUGGUGAAUGAUAAUGGAGGAGGAGAAGCUAUUAGAGAAUCUGAGUGUCCGUUUUGCCAUAGAUUGUUCUGUGCUCAGUGUUAUGUGCCUUGGCAUUCUGGAGUUGAGUGUGAAGUGUUUCAGUGGUUGAAGGAGGAUGAAAGAGGAAGGGAAGAUUUGAUGGUUAUGGAACUUGCUAGAGAUAAGAAAUGGAGUAGAUGUCCUCACUGUAAAUUCUUUGUUGAAAGAACGGAAGGUUGCCCACAUAUGACAUGCAGGUGCAAGUUCGAGUUUUGCUAUGGAUGUGGAUCACAGUGGACAGCAAGUCAUGGUGGUUGUCAGAGAAAUUAGUUAGACUUGGUAAUUGAAGUACGAGAGGAAUUAUUUAUUAUAUAUACAUACGGUUUAAAAUGUAUGAAAUGAAACAUCGAGGUAGAGGUUUCCUCAUGUGGCAAAUUUUAUGUUUUUUUUUUUUUUUUUUUUUUUUU